AUGUCCGGCAAAACCAUUUCAGCACGGAUUGACAGCAGAAUGCCCAAGACGUUCCGCCCGCGUGCCGUCCCGCAAAAACCGCCCGCCGCCCGCUGCCAUUCGGCCGAGGUCAGCUGGACGAACAGCACCGCCGUGGACCACCGUCGACCUCGGACGGCAGCGCCCGGUGAAACGUCGGCGUCUCCGCCGAAGCAUUGCCACCGGUUGGGCCACGUUCCGGCGUAUCUGCGCCGGAGUCAAGCCUCGUCGAUGGACGGGUCAAUGACCAAGCUGGCAGGGAAAGAGCAGGAACGGAAGCCGACGGUGAUACCGCUGGUUCACAAGCUGGGGUCGAUUCCGGCGUAUUUGAGGACGAAUCGGUCGUCUUCGGCUGGCGAAGAUCGUGAGACUAAACCAGAUCAGAGGAAAAGAGCUAUGGAUGACAAGAAGGCCUCGGGCAGUAGUUCUGAGUGGAGUCUGAUUUUGGAAGAGAUCAGGUGUUUGCGACAGGACCUACGGCGCUGUAGUAACAUUGGACUCUUCAUAAGUCCGCUGAACCAAUCCAACGUGAUAAUUCGACUACAGCAAAAGUUGCUCAAAUCAAUCAGAAGCAUCAUGUUGAAGGAUCUGUCGAUCUAA